CCUGCGAGCGGACAUUCAUGAGCACGUUCUCCUCAGUUCAGUUUUUGGUGCGGUUCAGUGUGAAAAUUCUGGAGAAAAUUGCAUUUUUCAACUAGUGUAUGGUGAUUUUGUGGCUCAAUAGUGAGUUGAGUGCGUGGUGAAAGUGUUUUCUGUGGCGUGAAGGUGGGAAAAAGCGUGAAAAUCUGCCCAUUUGUCGACACCCAGGCGAGAUGCAUCAAACAUGAAUGAAGCUGAUUCAGCAGGGGGGCCCCGAGGGCGAAGCUCAGCCCCUCCUGCUGCAGCUGACCGCAGAUCGUUGAAUUUGACAGCGGGUACAGCGGUGCGCGUGAGUGGGGCAUCUGCGUUGAUAAAUCCACAGCAAAUGUCCCGACUGGCCGCGGACAAUCGUGUCCUGUUGAUGAGCAGCAGCAGCCCGAGGAGUCAGCAGCAGCCUGGCCAGGGCAAUUUGAUUUUCAUCUCGACGGCGGCGGCGUCGGGUGACUUGAGCGGUGGCAAUCUCAAUAGUAUUAGCGGUGGUGUCGUCCUGAGGACACACGCGGCCGCCGGUGAGACGUCCAGUGGCAUUGUCGGCGUCGGCAAUGUGACGGGCUCCGUUGUCUCAUCCACGGCGACGUCAACAGCGCUGGCGUCUGUGCAGGAGGCGACGAUUGUGACGACGUCGUCUGGUGAUUUGCACAAUUUGCUCAGUGCACAGCGAAAGAGGGUGAAAGUGGAGGAUCGUGAUAGUAUUGCUGCCAUAAAGAAGCGCAUCUUGGAGCACAAAUACUCGCGAUUGAGGAGUCUCAAGGAUAAGCACACAGAGCAUGUGGCUGAACUCUUCUUCCUCCAAGCGUCUGGCAACAUGAUGGAUUAUCCGACGUGGCGAAAGAAACCACAGACGCCGGAAUUGAUUAAUUUUGCCAAAACAUGGAGAUUAGAUCAGACAGCAAGUGCAUCUGAUGAUACAGCAGCCAAACUGCUUCAAAACUCAUCUGGACAAUCGUACGGGACAGAGAUUAAGAUUCCCGGAGUGGGAGUGACUCCAGUGGCUGUCUCGACAACUCUGCCAACAGCUGUUGUACAAUUGACACAGCAAGGUCAUAUACCCGGAAGACCCCAGGGGGGUCGUCACGGGAUGGUGUUUGGCCAAAUUCCGGUUCCUACAACACAAGGCAAUUUAUCGAUUCCUCUGGUGCCAGGUGGAACACCUUUGGUACCUGAGACAUCAUCAGGAGUCGAUGCGCCUGAUAAGAAGCCACUGCUGACGUCCAUUGCGGCGCCAUCGACACCCACGACGCCGGUGACUGUUGCCACGGCCGCGGCGGGUGCUCAGGAGCAGUUCUCGGUGAAGGCGAAGCAAGAGGUGUACGUGAUGCAGCGCGUGUCGGAGUUGCAGCGCGAGGGUUUGUGGGCGGAGAAGCGACUGCCGAAGCUGCAGGAGCCGUCGCGGACGAAGGCGCACUGGGAUUAUCUGCUGGAGGAGAUGGUGUGGCUGUCGGCGGACUUUGCCCAGGAGCGCAAGUGGAAGAAGGCGGCGGCCAAGAAGUGUGCCCGAAUGGUGCAGAAGUACUUCCAGGACAAGGCGCUGGCGGCUCAGCGGGCGGAACGCGCCCAGGAGGCACAGCUGAAGCGAAUAGCGGCCUUUGUGGCCAAGGAGAUCAAAGUGUUUUGGUCAAAUGUGGAGAAACUCGUGGAGUAUAAGCAGCAGACGAAGCUGGAGGAGAAGCGGAAGAAGGCAUUGGAUCAGCAUUUGAGCUUCAUUGUCGAUCAGACGGAGAAGUUCUCGCAACAGCUGGCCGAGGGCAUGAAUAAGAGUGUUGUUGAUGGCAGUGCAGCGCCAAGUCUCAAUUCCAGUCGCAUCUCAUCGCCAAAGCGUUCAGCACAAUCUGAUGAUGAAUUUUCUCCGGGAAAUGAAUUGUCGGAUGACGAUGAGGAGACAAUUGCAAAGGCUGAAGCUGAGGCAACGUGUGUGAAUGAGGAAAUUCUUGCCCUACAGCGUGAAUCUGAGAUGGAUUUCGAUGAUUUCCUGAAGGAGUUGCCAAAGGAUUAUCUGAAGAAUCGGGAAAAUAUCGUUCUCUCAGAUGACGAUGACAAUGGUGGGCGUGAGGAUGAGAAGAUGGAGAGUUCGGGCGAUGAGGAGUUUAAAGCCACCGCCUCGAGUACGGACGAUGAGGAAUCAAUAAUGGAGCAGGAGAAUAAGGAGAAGAACAAGGAUCAUAAGAAGGAAAUUGCCGAACUUGAGGCUGACAAUGAAAUGAGCAUUGAGGAUCUCAUGGCGAAAUAUAAGACCUUGUCAAAGGCGGAGAAGAUGGAAGUGGAUUCGGACGAUGAUGAUGAUGAGACAUCAGAUGAUGAAGGUUCAGAUGACAAGUCGGAGAAUGAGAGCGAAGAGGAGGAGGAGGAAAGUGAGGAGGAUGAGCCGAAGGACGAUGGCUUAAGUCUACAGAAUUUAUUCAAUGAGGAUGGCGGCGGAAACAACAAAGAUCAGUUGAUUGAUGAUGCCGCCGCGAUUGCUGAGAGUAUUCAACCGAAGGGAAAUACACUGUCGUCGACGAAUGUUGUCACAGAAGUGCCAUUUUUACUCAAGCACACCCUCAGAGAAUAUCAGCACAUUGGAUUGGAUUGGCUCGUCACGAUGCAUGAUAGGAAAUUGAAUGGUAUUCUGGCUGAUGAAAUGGGCUUGGGAAAAACCAUCCAGACUAUUUCACUUCUCGCCCAUUUGGCUUGUUGCAAGGGAAAUUGGGGUCCUCACUUGAUUAUUGUUCCGUCAUCUGUGAUGCUUAAUUGGGAGAUGGAGUUCAAAAAGUGGUGUCCGGGAUUCAAGAUUCUCACAUAUUAUGGUAAUCAGAAGGAGCGAAAGGCCAAGAGGAUUGGAUGGACAAAGGCGAAUGCAUUUCACAUUUGUAUAACAUCAUAUAAACUUGUCAUACAAGAUCAUCAGAGCUUCAGGAGGAAGAAAUGGAAAUAUCUUAUACUUGAUGAGGCACAAAAUAUUAAGAAUUUCAAGUCACAACGUUGGCAAUUGUUGCUCAACUUCCAAACAGAACAACGACUUCUACUUACGGGAACACCAUUGCAGAAUAAUUUAAUGGAACUCUGGUCCCUGAUGCACUUCUUAAUGCCACAUGUUUUUCAAUCACAUAAAGAAUUUAAGGAGUGGUUUUCAAAUCCAAUGACUGGAAUGAUUGAAGGAAACUCAGAGUACAAUGACUCAAUUAUAAAGCGUCUUCACAAGGUUUUGCGACCAUUCCUCCUGAGACGAUUAAAGUGUGAAGUGGAGAAGCAAAUGCCGAAAAAGUAUGAACAUGUUGUGAUGUGUCGACUUUCCAAGCGUCAACGAUAUCUCUAUGAUGACUUUAUGAGUCGUGCAAAAACGAGAGAAACUCUUGCAUCUGGAAAUCUACUCAGUGUCAUCAAUGUGCUUAUGCAAUUGCGCAAAGUUUGCAAUCAUCCCAAUUUGUUUGAAGUUCGACCCACAAUUUCGCCAUUCCGCAUGGAUGGUAUUAAGUAUUGGACAGCUUCGUUGGUGUGUAAUGUAUUGGAUUACAAUCCAUUGGAGCAAAUUGAUCUCCACUCUUUGAAUUUAGUGUUAAUUAAUUUAGAGCUAAGUCUCACAGCGUAUGUGGCGCAUAGAUCUAAGCAAUUGUCAACGCCGAGGAAGUUGAUUGAGGAGAUUGACACGGCGCCGGAAUUGCCGCCACAGUGUCCCACGGGAAAGUUGCGAUUGCACGUGAAGGUGCGCGAUGGUCGUGUUCAGGAGACGCUGAGCGGUGGGAGUGUGAAAGUGGGUACAAGUCCGGCAAUGCGUGUGGAGGGAACGAAGUAUGUGCCGAUUGCAAAGUUCCUAACAGCGACGACGAAGAGUGGUAGUAAGAUUGGUGGUGAGAGCGAUGUGGCAACAAUAGCGCAGAUUGUUCAGUCCACGAGUGACGGUGGCUCGUCGUCGGGGACGCAGCAGAUUGGGGGUGUGCAGACGUCCACGGUGGUGGUGAAUAGUACAUCGCCUGGCGGCGGCACGGCGACAAUCAAUCUGAGGCGGCGACAUGAUCUGUCGAAGGUGAUUGGCGAGAAUGCCGGGAUGAUUGUUCAGACUUCCAAUGGGCGACACAUUCUCAUUCCCACAUCAUCGACGGCGGGCACGGCGACGACGGUGUUUGCACAGAAUGGACAGCGAUUGACGGUGGUGAGUAAGAAUAUUGGGCAAGUGAAUAAGAUCACGCAGCACGUGAUCACGAAGCCCAUCUUCAAGAUGUCACCACUCGUUGGUGGCAACAGUCAACCGCUGGCGGCAGUUGUGGCGCAGCAUCUCAAAUACUAUUCCGCCCCACCGACAACUGGACAGCCGGCCGUUGUCAAUCAGACAGUCGAGUCGGAGUUUCUCGUUGCGGAGACUGAAGAGGCGCGCCGUGAGAGGCGUGUUAAUCAAUUGCGUCUGCUGAGUCGGACAAACAGGAGACGAAUCGAUGCCACACCGGUUUAUGGUGAGGAUCUGAGAGAGUCAAUUGUUGACUUGAGCAGAGGCAGAGCGAGAGAUGAGGCGCCGUGGACGUGUCGAAGUUAUGAGACUUGCCAGUAUGCCAUGAAGCGCCAGAGGCGAGAUUUGGACACCACCUUGACUAGCACGAUAAAGACGUAUGAGGAGAGGACGCGAGAUUUGUCGUCGAUCUUCAAUAAUUUUGUCACUUUUGUACCAAAUGUCUCAGCACCAAUGCCAACACUGCACGUGUCCCACCCGUCCCCGUCGCGCUACAAUGAGGAGCGCGACAGACAGACUGUCAUGCAGGAAGAGUUGUCAUCGAAGCUCAUCCUUCUCCAUCCCAUCAUCUCAGCCAUGAGCACACAGUUUCCCGAUCCGAGAUUGAUUCAAUAUGAUUGUGGGAAAUUGCAAACGUUGAAUCGUCUGUUGAGGAAAUUGAAAACUGACGGACACAGAGUGUUGAUAUUCACACAGAUGACGAGGAUGUUGGAUGUGUUGGAGGCUUUUCUCAACUAUCACGGACAUAUUUAUCUACGUCUCGAUGGUACGACGAGAAUUGAGCAGAGACAAAUCCUGAUGGAGCGCUUCAAUGGUGACAAGAGGAUAUUUGUGUUUAUCCUGUCAACACGAUCCGGUGGUGUUGGUGUUAAUUUAACUGGUGCUGAUACUGUGAUAUUUUAUGAUUCCGAUUGGAAUCCGACAAUGGAUGCACAAGCACAGGAUCGAUGUCAUCGGAUUGGACAGACGAGGGAUGUUCAUAUUUAUAGAUUAGUUAGUGAAAAGACAAUUGAGGAGAAUAUCCUGAAGAAGGCAAAUCAGAAGCGACUUCUCGGUGAUUUGGCCAUUGAGGGUGGAAACUUCACAACGGCCUUCUUCAAGUCAUCCACCAUUCAGGAUUUGUUCAAUGUGGACACAACUGGAAGUGAUGCGUCGUCGCGCUUUCAGGAGCUCCUUGAUCGUGACAAGGAGCGCAAGCAGAAGUUGUAUGAGAGCAUAGCGGGACCUUCUGUCGUGCCGGAUGAGAGUAAGCAAAAUGUGGGCGCUUUUGAGACAGCUCUGGCCGCUGCUGAGGACGAACAGGAUGUUCAGGCGGCAAAGACGGCCACAGCUGAGGCUGCUGCUGAUUUGGCGGAGUUUGACGAGAACAUUCCACUCGAGGAUAUUGCGGAGAAGACACAGGAAGUCAGCAAGGCCGAUCAGGAGGUGGAACACCUAAUGAAACAGUUGAGCCCCAUUGAGCGAUAUGCGAUGCGUUUCGUGGAAGAGACGGGCGGCGCUUGGACGGCGGAACAGCUGAAGGCGGCUGAGGCGGAAAUUGAGCAGCAGAAGCGCGAAUGGGAGGCAAAUCGUCAGGCGGCGUUGCUGAAGGAGGAGGAGGAGAUGAAGCAGGCUGAGGAGGAGGAUAUUAUGCUAACAUACUCUAGUGAAGACGCCAAAAAUCAGAUUUGGAUAUCCGAUAAAACGGGUGACUUAAUGCCGAUGUGGUGUCCACCGACUCCGCCGCAGGACGACAAUGAUCUGUACACGGACUUCUCGCUGGGAUAUCUGUAUGAGUUGGAGACGAUGCCGGAGUCUCAGCUGCCGCCGGUGUAUGUGAAGAAGGAGUACAAGAGGAGUCGCUCCGAGGCGGGAUUGUACGUGGACAGUCGACGACAGGUGAAAGUGCGCAAGGAGGACACUUACUAUCCGCCGCGCUCCCUGUUCGAUCGUCCAUCGCCGGCGCUGGCGAAGAUGCGGCGCGAUCUGAAGCUGCAAAAGUACAGAGGAAUCUUCAAGCCGACUCUUCACAUGGCGGCGGUGAAGCACCAAAUAACACCAGUGAAGCCUCUUGUGGAGCCCGAGGGAAUGAUUGAGUGGUUCAUCUAUGAGGACAUGGCAAUGCUGAAUGUCAUCCAGAAUCUGCAGGGCUUCAAUCUCAGUCUGGUGCUCGUGUCGCCCGGUCACACGCCCAAUUGGGAUCUCGUGGCGGAUAUUGUGAAUCAGACAAGCCGAACGUACAGAUCGCCGAAACAGUGUCGCUAUCGCUACGAAGCGGUGAUUGUGCCGCGCGAGGAGGGGAAGCUGCAGGAGAGUCCGAAGAAACAGAAGAAGAGCAAGCACCAGCAGAAGGGGAGCAUCAAGAAUUGCCGGUCGAUGCGAACGAGUCAGUUGUACGCCAGUGACAACAAUAGUAGCUUCACGAAGCUGAUGAGGCAGAAGUUUGACAAUAUCAAGACGGUGAUGAUGAAGAAGGCGCCACAGUUGAAGCAAAUGCUGGUGAAUCCCACCAUGAAGAAUCCCAAGCAUGCCGCCCUGUUGGCAGAAUACGGAAUCACAAAUUACGACAGUCCGCCCAGUCCGAUGGAGAUUGCUCAGCGUCGGGUGGACAGGAUAACCAAGGAGAAGCAGAAGUUGACGCCUGCCAGUCAAGCUGCUGCUGCUGCUGCUGCUGCUGCGGCGCAGAUGCCGGAAUUGACGACGCCCACGACGCCAGGAGUGGCCACAGUGAGUCAGCAGAUGGCGUCCAGGCAGGAGAUCACCGUUCCGGCUGUGCUGCAGCAGCCGCAGACAAUUGUGGUGCAGCAGCAGAGUCCGGCGGUACUCCAGACGCCAGUGGCGGCUCUCGUGCAAUCCUCCACUCAGCUGCAGACCAUCCGUGCCGUGCAGUCGGCCGUUAACAUCUCGCAGCAGCAAUCUCCGCAGAUUGUCAAGGCUAUUGUGGCUUCCGGACAGAAUAUCAUUGCCACUCCCGUGCAGCAGAUCGCCGUGGCGCAGGCUUCGGCUCAGGCGACAGCUGGUCAGGGUCAGCAGGGCGUGACGGGGAGUCCGAGUGGGCAGCAAGCGACACAGCAAACCGUCGUUGUGCCCUCGUCGGUGUCUGUCGUGCUCACAACGCCCGUGACGACGAUUUCCAGUGGCCAGACGACGCAGCAGAUUGUGUCCAUUCAUCAGGCAACGGUGUCGAAUGCCAGCUCUGCGGCAGGAACUCUCGUGCAGACAAUUGCCUCUUCUGUGCCGCAAGUCAUGAGCCAGCUGCCGACUGUUGGAACGGUGAUUGCCACAACAGCCCUUCCGCCAAAUGCCACCGUGGCCACUUUGACCACGUCGGCGCUCAGGGCGCAGCGAAUUGUUCCGGCAAAUCUGCAAGAAGUUGUGCUGCAUCAGCGCGGCGGUUCGCAGAGUCCAACGGUGGUGUCUGUGAGUGGACUUGGACAGGGAUUGACGCCAGCUCAUCUCCAGGCGGCGCAAUUCCGUCUGUCAAUGGCUGCAGCUGCCGCUGGUGGUCAACACGUUGUGGCGGCCGCCAAGGGCAUUCCUCUGGGUUCAGUGACAACAUCUCCGGCCAAUAAGGCUGUCACGACGUCGCAUCCGCAGAUCCAGUUCUAUCGGCAGCAAUCCAUCAGGCAACAGCUGAAGGUUCUGCACACGGCGCCGGCCAGUGGAACGCCGGGACAACAGCAGUCGGGCACAACGGCGGCCGUUGUGCAAACGGCUGGCGGCCAGACGACCCUCGUGAGUCCCGCCGGAGCGAUAAUCCAGGGUGGAAUUGUGCAAGCGACGGGAAAUCUCGCCCAGGCGGUACAAGUGCAGCAAGCCGGUGGCCAGAAAGUGGCCGUGGCGAGCGUGAGCGGCGCUCCGGCGAGCGGCGUGGUGACGAAUGUGGCGACGGUUCAAGUGACACCCGGACAGCAGGCCCGAACGCAGUUCAUUAAGCAAGUGGGUGGGAAGCAGACGACAAUCGCCCGUCAGGUGACGGACAAUGAGAUGCAGGCGAUCAUGAUGAAGCGACAGAUAAUCAAUCAGCAGCACAAGGGUCAGGUGUUGCCGCAGGCGCAAAUCUUUGCGCCCACCAGUGUUCAGAUGCAGCAGGCCACAUCGUCGGCCACGGUGGCCGUUGGCGGUCAGCAAGCGGCCGCCGGCGGCGCGGGGGCGCAACAGCAGGCGGGUCAGCAGCAGAUUGCGACGCUGGUGAAGACGUCCACGGGCACUGUGGCCGCGGCAGCGCCGGGCAUGACGUUCUCGCAGGUGAAGCCCAAUCAGCUGAAGGCGACGGCAAUCGCGAGUCCUGGACAGACGCGGCCGGUGCAGAUUCAGCAGCAGAUUGCGAUCACGCCACAGAGGAAGCCGAAGGUGGCGCAGAUCACGCAAGUGGCGGGCAAGGCGGGUGUUCAGACGCAGCUGAUUGUGCAGAAUCCCAAAGGACUGCCCGUGACGAUGCAACAGCUGUUCAGGCAGGGCCAGCAAGGGAUUGUGCUCAGCAAGAGUCGGGUGAUUCCCGUCUCGAUGGCGUCGCAGCCCAACAAUCGGCAAACUAUUCAGGUGGUGACAGCUCCUCCGGGCGCUCAGACGCUGCGCACUCACGUGACGCCGGGGAAUCUCACGGGCACUCUUCAGGGGGCCAUCAAGGUGGCCGCGGCGGCUGGAGCCACGCAAGCUCAGCAGCAGCAAGCGCUCCUCACAGCAUUCCAGAAUCAGCAGAACCAGCGACAGAACGUGAGUCCGGUGCGCCUGCAGACGUCCUCGGGGGGCUCGCUGGUGGCACUGGCGGUGCAGCAGGCGCCGCAGAUUGUCACGCAGUCCACCAGUGGCGCCGGCAGCAUCGUGGAAGUGGCGGCGAGUGGCUCAGCCGGUGGCUCUGGUCAGGCUCAGCAGCAGCAGGCGCAGCAGCAAUCGCAAAAUCCUCAUCAUUCCCAGUCUAAAUAAGCAAACAACGGCCACUGAGAGUGACUUGAGCCACCAAUUUGAGGCAUAUUUUGUGCUGGAAAAGGACAUUUUGAUGAUUUUGCGUGAGAAAUGAGAAAUUUGUAAUGUAAAUUGUCAGAUUGUUGCUUCUGAUUUUUAAAAUUCUCACUCCUUUUUUGUUCAUUAAAUUGCCGUUUCUUUUUUUUUGUCUGUUUUAAAUGUGUAAAAUAUCCAGUGAAUUCCUUUUUAUUUCCUCCAUUUUCAAGGGGGUUUUUAAUCUAUAGAACAAUAUGAAUAGAAUUUCAGCGAGAUUGAGUAUAAUUGUUAAAUCAUGUAGAGUAGAGAGAGAGAGAAAGAAAGGGCGAUGAAAUGCGCGUGUAUGUAUAGAAAUGGAUGAAGUUUUAGGAGAAGAAAAAAACAGUGAGAAAUGUGGCACUCAUAAAUAAAGUAA